AUCCGGUUUUGCAAUCUAUCAGUGUUAUGCCGUGAGAAAGAAAAUGUGGUUCUUCAGCAAUAAAGGGCCCUUUGGCUUUUAUGCCACCUCCACGGCGGAGCAAGUAACCCAAGGAAUUGAUGGCUCCGGUCUCUCCGCCAUUGUUACAGGAGCUUCAAGUGGUAUUGGGGCUGAAACUGCGAGGGUACUUGCCUUGCGCGGUGUACAUGUCAUUAUGGGAGUUAGAAAUGUCGGUGCGGGUCAUCGAUCUAAGGAAGCAAUCAUCAAACAAGUUCCAUAUGCAAAACUUGAUGCAAUGGAGUUGGACCUCAGUUCUAUGACAUCAAUCAGGAAUUUUGCGUCAAAUUUCAAUUCUUUGGGCCUUCCUUUAAAUGUGCUAGUAAACAAUGCUGGCAUUAUGGCAACACCUUUCAUGCUUUCAGAAGAAAACAUAGAGCUGCAGUUUGCAACAAACCAUGUAGGACAUUUCCUCUUGACAAAUUUGUUGCUGGAAACCAUGAAGAAAACUGCUGAUAAGUGUAAGCAUGAAGGAAGGAUCAUAAAUGUCUCUUCCCGAAGGCACAAAUUUCCAUACAAUGAAGGAAUCCGUUUUGAUAAAAUUAAUGAUGAAUCAGGGUACAACAGCCUAUCUGCUUAUGGACAAUCAAAGCUUGCUAACGUGCUGCAUGCUAAUGAACUUGCUAGGCGUUUGAAGGAAGAAAAUGUGCAAAUAACAGCUAACUCCCUUCAUCCCGGAGCAAUUGCCACAAAUCUUUUCCGUCACUACAGCUUUUUAAAUGGUCUUGUUGCAGCUCUUGGUAAGCACGUGAUGAAAGAUGUUCACCAGGGAGCAGCAACAACAUGCUACGUCGCAUUGCAUCCAGAUGUUAAAGGCAUGACUGGGAAAUACUAUGCUGACUGUAACUUGGCUGAGACAAGCUUGCAAGCUAAAGAUCAAGAUCUGGCCAGAAAGCUAUGGAACUUCACCAAUAACCUCAUAGACAAAUCUACAACUUAGUCUAGAACUUUGUGUUAUAUUUUGUAGAGAAUAAUUAUCUGUUUGGUUACUUUUGGAUCAUGUUAGUGAGAAAAUAUAGCAUUCUAUAUCUA